AUGGAUGUGAAAUCAGCCUUCCGACUGAUACCGGUACGCCCAGCGGAGUGGAACCUCCUCGGGGCGUCGCCGUACGUGUUUGAGCAAUUUGCUGGCGCAAUCCACUGGAUCGUAUCGAACCGCACCGGUCUAGUCAGCAUGCUCCACUACGUCGACGACUACCUAUUUGGUCCUUUGGCACACGACAAGACCGAAGGGCCCGCGACUCAGCUGACGUUCUUGGGUAUCCGGCUGGACUCUGUCCGACAAACCCUCAGCCUCCCCGACGACAAGCGACAGAGCAUUGAGGAAGCGCUGAAAGAAUGGAGCAACCGCAGCCAUUGCACCAAACAGCAGCUUCAAAGCCUAAUCGGAAUACUCACGUUUGCCACGAAAUGCGUUCCAGCGAGCCGCCUGUUCACACGGCGGAUGAUCGCCCUGCUCACCGACAACCGCCACGAACGGGUCAUCGCCCUCAACCGCGAAUUCCGUAAGGACCUUGAAUGGUGGAAAGAAUUUCUUCCAGCCUGGAACGGCACUGCGUCCUUUAUACAGCCAGAUUGGACAAGGUCCGACGUCCUUGACCUUUACACAGACGCGUCAGGAACUCUCGGGCUGGGCGCAUAUUUUCAAGAGUCGUGGUUCCAACUACGCUGGCCACCGUGGAUUCUGCAGCGGAAGCCGUGUAUUGAAUACCUUGAGCUGAUACCCAUACUUCUAAGCCUAAUUGUUUGGGGCUCAAAACUACGCGGCAAGCGGGUCAUUUUCCACUGCGACAACGAAGGCGCCACCUAUGCCUGGGAAAAUCUCCGCUCCACCAAUGCUGGCGUACUAGAUCUUAUGCGCCGAAUGUUAAAGGCCGCCGCUUGCGCUAAUAUGACCUUCACGUUGAAACAUAUACGCGGUGUUAAUAACGCAGUUGCUGACUCUUUCCGUUUUCAGCUGCACAGAUUCCGAGCGCUCGCACCAACAGCGUCGGAACGACCGGAUCCAUGCCCGGAUAUCUUUCCGCAGCUUUUAAUGGCCAUUUUGCCGGACAAGAUCAGCGCAACCGAUGCCAGCUACGCCAGAUAUUACCGCGGAAUACGUCAACACCUGUACUCCACAAAAAUCACUCGAACCGUGACCGUCUACCUUGCCGGCAUCAACAACCACCACCGUGAAGCCGGCAUGAAGUCACCAACAAGUCAUGACAUCGUGAUCCGCGCACUGCUGGGCUACCGACGCUUGGCUCCACCGGGCGCGGACAUACGACAACCAGUCACACUGGAGACGAUGCGAUACCUGAAAGAUGCUAUCCGUUCCAGUGGCAUGUCCCUACGAGCAAUCACUGCACUGGGUAACAUUCACGUUCAUGUAUUUCGGCUUCCUGCGCAUCGGAGAAGUGACCUGCCGAGUACCAACCGCUACGAUCCGCGGCGCACUCUCAUGUCAGCGGAUGUGCAAGACCACGAGCCAAAUACUCCUACACCUUAA